CCUUCGAACCAAACCACCGCUAAAUUUCAAUCCCUCGGAUUCUGGAAACAAUAUAUUAUUUUUUUCAAUUUUCAGAUUAAUCGGAAAAUUAUGAAUUUACAACCGUCGAUCUAAAAGACUCGUGAGGGAGAGAGAGAUCACACGAGAGUCUUUUGAUUCUGAUUCUUGUAGAUGGCGAUUUCAAAUGAGAUCGAAACCGCCAUUGACGAGCUUCCUUAUUCUUUCUUCCUCCCCUUUCCCGUUGUUGUUCAAAUCUCCAAACGUAUCAUCAUCAAAGUCUGAUGGAGCAACAACCAUCACCGGCCGUUGAAACGCCGUUGUUGCAUCAGGAUCAAACUCCGCCGGAGAUCGACGCCGCCGGAGGAGGAGGAGGAGAGGGUGUUGACGACGACCUCGACCGAACGCUGGAAUGGUUAGAGACGUUUCUAACGCUUCUUGGGUUUAACCAGUCGUCUCCUCGAAGCCUUGUUUUGUCUUGGAUCGUGUUUUUGGCUAUUGGGUUGGUGCUUCCGGUUACAGUGUUGGAGCUAGGGCAUUGUUUAGGGUGUGAGAGGUAUCAGUACAAGAGUUUCGAGCUCAACAUUGUGGUUUCUCAGGCGUUGUUGGCUGGUGUGUCUCUGCUUUGCGUUUCUCAUAAUUUGAGGAAACAUGGGAUUAGGAAGUUUUUGUUUGUUGAUCAACUCAGUGGUCGUAUGGGUCGGCUCAAGGCUCAAUACAUUAAGCAAAUCUUGAACUCUGUGAGGUUGCUUGCGUAUUGGUCGCUUCCAUGUUUUGCGUUGAAAGCUGUUCGUGAGAUCAUCCGGAUGCAUUAUGUGCCUCAUGACCAGCCGUGGCUAUCUUUUGUGAUUCUAUUUGCUAUGAUCUUGUCAUGGACUUAUUUAAGCACUAUAUUUCUAGCUGCUAGUGCCAUGUUUCAUUUGGUCUGCAACUUGCAAGUCAUUCACUUUGAAGAUUAUGCAAAGCAAUUAGAAGGGGAGUCCGAAAUCUCCCUUUUCAUCUACGAGCAUAUGCGUUUGCGCCAUUAUCUUUCCAAAAUAAGCCAUAGGUUCCGCAUCUUUCUGCUUCUACAGUUUCUUGUUGUCACAGCUAGCCAGUUUACUACACUUUUCCAGACCACUGCAUAUAGCGGGCGUAUUACCUAUAUAAACGGUGGUGAUUUUGCAGUUUCUGCGGUGGUCCAAGUUGUUGGAAUAAUACUGUGUCUGCACGCAGCAACAAAAAUAUCUCACAGAGCUCAAGCAAUAGCAUCAGUUGCUAGCCGAUGGCAUGCGAUGAUGUCUUGUUCGUCUACAGAUUCAACUCAGAUAAGGACUUCUCCAAGUGGAGUUCAUUUGGAGGCCACCACAAAUCCACCUAUCUCCUUUCCGAUUUCCCGUUCAGAUAGUGAUGUGGAAUCAAUGGAUCACUACAUGAGGAUGCCUGCUCCUAACCAUUUUCCUUCUUACAUGUCCAUGUCCUCAUACCACAAAAGACAAGCUUUUGUGUUGUAUUUGCAGAUGAAUCCAGGUGGGAUAACUAUAUUUGGGUGGACAGUAGACAGACAUUUGAUAAACACAAUAUUCUUCAUUGAGCUUUCUCUGGUUACCUUUGUACUUGGCAAGACUGUAGUUUUCGGUGGUGAAUGACAAGAAAAGGUUUGGUGUAUCAUAUACAUAGCUUUUUACCCUUUGCCCCAUAGUGAGAUUUCUUAAACUGAUAGGAGAUGAUACGUUGCAUGAGCGUCUCUUGAUUUGUUCUCUUUCUCUAUAGAGAGUGUACAAAGCUAUAUUGACGAGGCUUAUUUUGUUCUAUUUCUCUUAUUUC